UAGCAAAAAAGUCACCGUAGGAUAUCAUUGUCAUUGAAGGUUUUUUUUUUUUGUGAAUGUGGCCUCAGAAAAAAUAUCAUCGCGGGUAUUCAGAAAAACUUGGUGUCUGAAACAGACAAAAAGUUAGCAGCCUUUUUUAACGAAUUCGAACGCAUUUGCCAGUGUGUGUGUGUGUGUGUGUGCUUGUUUUUACAAAAAUGCAUUAUAUUUAGUAGAAAUCAAUUUGCAAAAUAGUUUUCCAAACUAUAAACUUUCGAUGAUAGGAAACUGAAAAAAAAACACACCAACAACAACAACACAAACGAGCAAACGAACUCAAAGAGCAUUAGAGAAUAUCAGAACAUGGGGAAUAAAAUUGUUACAUUCACCGAACAGCAAUUGGAUGAUUAUCAGGAUUGUACAUUUUUCACACGCAAGGAGAUAUUACGUGUUCACAAAAGAUUCCGCGAAUUACGUCCGGAUUUGGUGCCACGCCAAAUGACCGAGGGACAGGCUUCAAGUGUCAAGGUUCCACGCGAUUGUAUUGAGAAGAUGCCAGAAUUAAAGGAGAAUCCCUUUCGUCGCCGCAUUUGUGAGGCAUUCUCGCGUGACGGUCAGGGCAAUCUGUCGUUUGAGGACUUUUUGGAUGCAUUUUCUGCGUUAAGCGAACAGGCGCCAAGGGACAUUAAGGUAUUCUAUGCCUUCAAAAUAUACGAUUUCGAUCAAGAUGGCUUCAUUGGACGUGCUGACCUUUUGUGCAGUUUAACCACAAUGACCAAAAAUGAAUUAAGCCCAGAGGAGCAUCAGCAAAUAGCCGAUAAGGUCCUGGAGGAGGCAGACGUCGAUGGUGAUGGCAAGUUGUCAUUUCUCGAAUUCGAACAUGUCAUUUUGCGGGCACCCGAUUUUCUAUCAACUUUUCACAUACGGAUUUAAAUGCAAGCCAACCAAUUUUGUAUGUGUCUAUGAAUGUGUGUUUGUUGUGUGUGUGGGAGUGUGGAGACAGUAACAGGAUGACUGAGGGAGAAGUCUAUUGGCAAACCACACAAUGGGAAUUCCUUUGCUGGACAUAGAAAGGCGUAUACAUAUACAUAAAUAAAAUCAAAUAAAAUUCCUAAUCGAUAACCAAUAA